UGCACCAUGCUCUCUCUCCUCCCUCCUCGCUGCAUUUAUUCCCUCUCCAUUUGCAGGCCUCCAAAGGUAAUUUCCCAUUGUUCUCCUCUGAAAAUUUCUAGGACUUUCACUGUGAAGGCCAUGAAUUCUAUCAAACCGGAGGAGAAGGAGAAAAGUCCAUCAAAAAUUGAAGAAAAAGACCCUCUGGUUCAGUACGUGGUUUUGAGAAGAGACCUCAUUGAUUCAUGGCCGCUUGGUAGCGUAGUAACUCAGGGUUGCCACGCCUCUGUUUCCGCCAUUUGGUGUUUCAGGGAUGACCCAUUAACCAGUCGAUAUUGUGCCCCUGAUGAUAUUGAUCACAUGCGUAAGGUCACUCUUGAGGUGAAAGGAGAAUCCCAAAUCCUGAAUUUAUCCGAAAAGCUUAAAGCUGGUGGAAUCGACCAUAAAUUGUGGAUCGAGCAACCCGAAAACAUUCCCACCUGUCUGGCUACAAAGCCUUAUCCUAAAUCUGUAGCUUCUUCAUUCUUCAAGAAAUUGAAGCUCUGUAAGUGACUAAAUUAUUACUUAAAAUUUUGAGCAUAUAUCCUUGUCAACAUUGAAAAGAACUCGAGCUUCAAAGCUGAAGAUUCAACCUGAAUAACUAGGGAAAGAAAACAUUUUGAGAGGUCAUAUUUCAUUACUCUCUCUGGGUCUUUCUCGUUCCUUCGAAUGCUCUGCUGCAUGAUUCAUUUUGAAUAGAUGAUGCACCUUAAGAGGUGGUUGCUUUGUGGUGUUCCUCCAAAAUCUCAUCUGAGUUAUAAUGGAAUAUUCAGAUUGUA